AUGGUCUCAAGUCCACCUCACUCGAAUUCUCAUUCUUUCCCCCCGCGAGUCCUCCUCAUCGCCCUCGAUGGCCUUGGGCGCUCUCCCGUGACUUACUCCGCUCACACUCCAUUUCUCUCCUCCCUUCUCUCGAACGGCAUAUCUUUCCCCAGUGCACGUGCUGUAUUUCCAACCGACAGCGCCCCUAAUUGGGGCUCCGUUCUUCAUGGAGUUUUGCCAGAAAAACAUGGGCUGAGUAAUGGAGACGUUGAGCGUGGAAAGGAGUUUGAUGAGAAUAGCAUGUAUCCGAGUUUGUUUAAGAUACUGGUUAGAAGAGAUGAAAAAAAAAUUAACAUGAGAAAGAAAAAUGAAAAAUACGGAAAUACAAUUGUUCUCGACAAUUGUGAACGUGGUAACAAGGGUAAAUUGACUAGGAAUGCCUCCAAGUUUAUCACUAAACCAUUUAUCUGCGCUGACAAUAUGUCAUUAAACUCGAGACACCCUGUUUGUGACGAACCUAUAAAAUAUGCUUCGUUUGUCGCAUGGGCUCCGCUAAACACUGGCAUAAUAGAGCGUUCGAUUCCAGGCGUAUUCUACUCUCCUAAGUCAGAAUCUCUCUGCACGCGUAUACGACUCCAUCUUAAACAUCACACUCUAAAAUCACCCUCAUACGAUACAUACGUCUUACAACGGGUAUUAUCCUUUCUAUCUUCGCCUGACUCGAAAGAUAUCGAGCUGUUGCUUGUUCAUUUUGUUGACGUCGAUGAACAAGGUCAUAACUACGGGUUCGGAUCAGAGAAGUAUUUGAAGCAAUUGAGGAUAUUGGACGGACACGUCAGGGCGUUAUUUGACGAGUUGGAGAAAGAGAGAUGGUUGGAGAAGACGACAGUAGUUAUUACUACUGACCAUGGAGGGACGGGGAGAUCACAUGGUGAAAAUAGUGAAAACGAGAUGGGGUCUUUCGUUGUGGUUUGUGGAAGGGGUGUUCAGAGUGAAAAUCUACGAUCGCGUGAGGACGAGAAAAUGUCAACAGAGGAGGUUAGGAAUAUGGAUUGUGCGGCUAUUGUAUUGACUGCGCUAGGUGUAGAUGUGCCCGACUGGUUUGACGCAAGGGUGCCUAAAGGGAUAUUUGAAUGA